UUCGUCGGACUCAUUUUGCUGACGUACUAACAUGGGCUACUGUCUGGUUGUAACUUGACAGCUGAACAACAAAUCCUCCUAAGAUGAGCGAACAUUUCAAUGCUGAUUUUUUUUUUCAUACCAACAUGAACUGAAAUUGUCCACGACCCUGCUACACCUGUACGGUUAGUUUCUUUUGCGGACUAAAGGCCGUUUAUACAAACCUCAUCAUGUCGUUUCUGGUGGACUCAGUCAUCAUGUUCACCUCACAGGUGCUGUUCUUUGGAUUUGGCUGGUUAUUCUUCAUGCGGCAGCUGUUUAAAGAUUAUGAGGUGCGACAGUACAUUGUCCAGGUGGUUUUCUCUGUCACUUUUGCUUUUUCAUGUACCAUGUUUGAGCUCAUCAUCUUUGAGAUCCUGGGUGCCUUAAGUACCAGCUCUAGGUAUUUUCACUGGAAGCUGAAUCUGUAUGUGAUACUGCUGGUCCUAAUCUUUGUGGUGCCUUUCUACAUCGGUUACUUUGUUGUCAGUAACAUACGCCUGUUGCAGAGACAGAAGCUUCUGUUCGCUUGUAUGGUGUGGUUUACCUUCAUGUAUUUCUUCUGGAAGUUGGGAGACCCAUUCCCCAUCCUAAGUCCAAAACAUGGCAUCCUGUCCAUUGAGCAGCUAAUAAGUCGUGUUGGUGUGAUCGGAGUCACCCUCAUGGCUCUGUUGUCUGGGUUUGGUGCGGUCAACUGUCCCUACACGUACAUGUCCUAUUUUCUCAGAAAUGUAACAGACAGUGACAUCCUUGCUCUGGAGAGGCGACUGCUACAGACAAUGGACAUGAUUCUCAGCAAGAAGAAACGAAUUGCCAUGACACGGAGGCAGAUGUACCAGCGUGGGGAAGACCAGAACAGACAGACAGGAUUCUGGGGCAUGAUAAAGAGUGUUACCUCUACACAAUCAGGCAGCGAAAACCUAUCUCUGAUCCAGCAGGAGGUUGAUGCUCUAGAGGAGCUGAGUCGGCAACUCUUUCUUGAGACUGUGGACCUGCAAGCCACCAAGGAGCGAAUUGAGUACUCCAAGACAUUCCAGGGGAAAUACUUCAAUGUCCUCGGCUACUUUUUUUCCAUCUACUGUGUUUGGAAAAUCUUCAUGGCCACAAUAAACAUUGUGUUUGAUCGAGUUGGAAAGACGGAUCCAGUGACGAGGGGUAUUGAAAUUACAGUGAACUACUUGGGCAUCCAGUUUGAUGUAAAGUUUUGGUCCCAACACAUCUCUUUCAUCUUGGUGGGAAUAAUAAUCGUUACAUCCAUUCGUGGCUUACUUAUCACCCUCACUAAGUUCUUCUAUGCAAUAUCAAGCAACAAGUCCUCCAAUGUCAUCGUGCUUGUUCUCGCUCAGAUUAUGGGGAUGUAUUUUGUAUCAUCCGUAUUGCUGAUGCGUAUGAGCAUGCCGCUGGAGUAUCGCUCAAUUGUGACAGAGGUUCUGGGAGAGCUGCAGUUCAACUUCUACCACCGUUGGUUUGACGUCAUCUUCUUGGUCAGCGCCCUGUCCAGCAUCCUCUUUCUUUAUCUCGCCCACAAGCAGUCCCCAGAGAAACACAUGGCCCUCUGAUCCCAUACAUCUUUUCCCAAAUGGAUGUAACUCCUGGCCCCUGGGUGACUUUGAAUCUGGAUUUUUUUUUUUUUUUAAAUAUAUACAUAUGGGCCAUAAUUAUCUGGACUGUCUGUUCCUGAAUCAGGAAUGGCUGAUUGCUGGAUGCAAGUGAUGGGGGACUAUUGGAGCACAUUAGGAAACAGCUUUGAAAGUGGAGUUUUUCGAAUUGAAUCUAAUAGAACAAAUAUUACUAUUAGGAAUGUUAAUUUUACCUGCAAAUGCAAACACUUUGUUCUUUGUGCUCUUAAAUUCUCAUUAUUUUGGCCAAAAUUAUAUUUUCCUUUGUUUUGUCUAAACACACUGGAGCUGGACUGUUCACAAGAUAUCCCUGCUUUACUCCUACUGAGGUGUAAAUGGACUAUAUGAAGAAAAGAUCACUCAUGAUCUGCAUACUGAAGCGAAUUGUCAUUUAAUUGGGAACAAAAAACUUAAUUAAAAUAGUAUGUCUUCAUUUAUUUGAGUUUUAUGGAAAUAUUAUGUACUUUUAUUUUAGAAUUGGGAACAACAAAGUUUAAUUUUUAGAACAUUAAAUAAAGGCAUCUUUGCAUAAAUAAGUACAGUAUUUACUGGGAGCAUUAAUAGCUAGAAAGAACAGAGAAGCUCAGAUCACAACACACAGGCAGUGUGACUACAGCCCCUUUGAGCUUUGUAGGCUGUAGAUAUCUUAGUAACAUUGGUGAUCUCAGGUUUGGGAGACAUUGCACAUUAGUCAGAUCAUUGCACAUCUACGGUAAAUCUACUGUCUGCAUC